AUGGCAGACUCGGAACCUCCGAGUGUCAAGCCUAGGGAAAAGGGCUCAUCUGGUCGCUCCAAGAAGCGAGACACCGCGUCCAAGAAGGAGCUGCACCUCUCCGAGCCAGACGUCAACAUCACCAUCCAGGUGAUGGACGAGGCGCUGAAGCGCUCCCAGGAGUUCGCCUGUCCGAAAGCGGUGCUGCUGGAGCAUAUGCCGUACUUUAGAGACGUCGUCAAGGGCCAGAAGCUGGAGAACGUUGACAUCACGAUCCACUGCGAGCUGACCAUCUUCGACUGGCUAAUAUGCUGGGUGCAGUCGCAGUCGGUCCGCUCGGCUGUGGCGCCGACGCUCACGGCCGACUCCGUCCUCUCCGUGCUGAGCUCGGCUGACUUUCUGCGCAUGGACCGGCUGGUGGACGAGUGUUUCGAGUUUGUGCGCGCCGACCCGGCGCGCGUCACCGACCGCCCGGGCGUCACAUGCCUCAACGAGCGGCUGAUGGCGCGGCUGGCGACGCUCUUCCACCACGACCGGGUGGAGGCGCUGGCGGCGCACGACCGUCUGCGCGGUCGGCUCUACUGUCAGCUGACGGCGCUGCUCUUUGAGUGCGUCGCGCGCAACCUGUCGGUGACCCCCGACGGCCGGCUUGCGUACCUGCACCGGCGCGACCGAGGCUGGGAGCUGGGCGCGCACGUAGCACGGCUGCGGCGCGAGCUGCGCUCCUGGCGGCUCGUCUACUGGCGUCUGUGGGCCGCUGUGCACUUCCUGUGGUGUGCGCGCUGCGAGCGGCCGUUCGCUGCCAGCCAGCUGGGCGGCUGCCUCUUCCACCCGGAGCCGACGGCGCUGCAGUUCGACCCGCUGCAAACGCGCUCCGGCUGCCUGCUCCGCGACCACCUGGUGGAGCCGGCGCCCGGCCAGGAGGCGGCGGCGGCGCAGGCCGUGUACCGGGAUCUGCAGGCGCACCGUUCGCUGGCCGUGGAGCCGGGCCCG